AUGCCACUGAAUCUGAGAGAUCACAUUGUGCUUAACAACUAUGUCAGUCGGCAGCUUGGAAUCGAAAGGUCACCAUACGACCGACUACGGUCUGACGCAUAUUCUAAUAAAUUUGACUUAAGCACGCGAAAUCCUGAAGAACAAGGUUAUAUACAAUACAUGAGCCCUUCAGGGCGCGGCGAAGACGACAACCACUUCUUCGGUCGUGCGAUCAACCGAGACAAAGUUCACAAGGGGCUCUUGAAGUCAUGGCUCACGAGGUGUGACACAGCCAACUACAGCGUACGAAAUCCUUCAUCUCCCAAAGAGCAGUCGCCGUCCGUCAUCUCGUCCUUUAACGCACUUCUCACAGCUAAGAAAGGUGCGCCCCGGCCCAAAUUUCUCUGGUCCACGGUGAAUUUGCUCCCGGUAGAACGAGAACAAGACCAAGUUGCUCGACGCAUCGGGACUCACGGUAAAGCCAUCCCACCCAUGGGCGGAGCUCAGUCUAAUGAUCACCAGUGGCCUCGGAUCGGAGUGGAACCGUACGUACGUAUUCUAGACCUAUAUCUUCCGUUUGUCAAUGCUUAUCAACUUGUGCAUACAAGCCAAUGGAUUUUCCCCGUCGAUUAUCCCACAAGAGAUAUUUUUCAAAACGUCGAUUUCUCCUCCCUACAUCACAAGGACCCUUCCUCAGGAGCAUCUGGCUCCGACGAGCCCGACUCACUGGAGACCAUCGACACUGUCAGGGUGGGGACGUACGAGGAAACGAGAGUGGAGAUCCGACAAUGA